AUGUACUUCCCAACUUUUGCUAGUUGGAAUGUUAGGGGUUUUAAUAGCCCGGAAAAAGUUAGUUACUGUAAGUCUUUGAUCAAAGCUCAUGAUCUUAAACUUUUAUGCAUCUUGGAAGCAAAAGUUUCUCCUUCGUCUGUGAAUGAUCCUUGGUUUUUGCGUUCUCAUAGCCUUUAUGAGAAUGAGGGAAGCUGCAAUAAUUUUUUGGAUUCUACACCUAGUAGAAUUUGGAUAAAAUGGGAUAAGUCGGUUUUCUCGUUUCAACAACUUUUCAGCUCUUCUCAACUAAUUCAUGGUGUGCUUUCGGUGGGUUCUUUCCCGCCUAUUUUCCUUUUUGUGAUUUAUGCCGUUAACUCUGUGGAAGAAUGGAAAUUCCUUUGGGAACAACUUUUAAAUAUGACUCCUCCUUUGGAUCAGCCUUGGAUGCUCAUGGGAGACUUUAACUGUUGUCGUUUUGAAUCUGAAAAAGAGGGAGGUUCCUGUCUCACUAGUAGUAGAUUGGGUGAGCUUAAUAGCAUGAUUUUCAAUUGUGGGGUGCAAGACCUUUCUUCCACGGGUCUGUUCUAUACCUGGUUCAAUCAACGAUUGGAUAACCCGUUUCACAUUAAACUUGAUAGAGUUCUUGUCAGCAAUGCAUUUCUGGAUUUUCUGCCUAUUGCUUACUACACUGUUGAACCUCCUCUUGGUUCAGAUCAUUCCCCGCUAAUUUUUAAAUCUUCUCAAGCUAAGCCUAUAUCUGCUAGGUUCAUGUUCAAAAACUACUGGAUUAACAUGGAAGGAUUCUGGGAUGAUGUUUUGACUGCUUUCUCUUCUAGAUCUUCUAGAAGUCCUAUGGCUGCUUUUUAUUUGGUGCUUAACAAUAAUCUGAAGAAUAUAAAUGAUGAACUAGCCCCCUUGCAAGCUAAAUGGAAUUCUUGGAUUACUCAAAGGGCAAAAGUUUUAUGGCUCACCCAUGGGGAAGAUGAUCUUGGAUUUCUCUAUGCCAAGUUUAGGAGUAGGAAUAACAAGAACAGCAUUAAAGAAAUUACUACCUCUGAAGGGCAUUUUACUAAUUUCAAAGAUAUUUCUCAUGCUAUUGUUAAACACUUUGAGUCCUUGUUUAACAAUGCACAUUCUGAUCUUGAAUUACCAUUGAAUAUACCUCCAGGAAACUUAGUCCCACCUAAUUUUCUAGACAUGUUGGUGGCUCCUUUAUCUUUCUUGGAAGUGAAAUCAGCUGUUUUUGAUGGGAAUGAAAACUCUGCACCUGGACCGGACGGGUAUACCUAUGCUUUUUACAUAAAAUCUUGGCAUCUUCUUGGGUUACAAGUUUUUAAUGUGGUAAAUAAUUUUUUCACUACUAGUUCCCUUCCUAGAGGUGUUAAGGAUACAGCCAUUGCUCUUAUACCUAAAUGCUCUCAUGCUUCUAACAUCAAUGAUUUUAGGCCUAUAUCGCUUUGUAAUGUGUUAUACAAAAUUGUUGCUAAAAUCAUUGCAAACAGACUUAAAGUGGUGCUCCCUUUCAUUGUACAUGAUAGUCAAUCUGAUUUCAUUGCUGAUAGAUGCUCCACAGAUAACAUCAUCCUUGCUUCUGAAAUUCUUAGAGAUUUCAAAGGUUCUCGUAAGAGUUUUUGUGCUAAGUUGGACAUCAAAAAAGUUUUUGAUUCUGUUUCUAGGGAAUUCCUCAUUGCCAGGUUGCUUCAGAAAGGUUUUCCGAAAGUUUUUGUUUCUUGGAUAAGAGGAUAUGGCUUAUCAAAUAUUCUCACCACCAACUAUGAUACCUUUAUCUUUAAAGGUAGGGUACUUUUCCUCAAAUUUACCAUCACCAAUACCAUCGCUUACUGGAUUAGAGGUUCAAUAAUACCUAAGGGUUGUUGUGCUAAGCUAAAUAAACUCUGCUCUAGGUUUCUAUUUAACAACAACUUGGUGGAGAAGAAAUUACACCUCAUUUCUUGGUCAAAAGUUACUCAGCCUAAAGUUGUUGGAGGGCUUGGUUUGCCUUCUCUUGACGCUCUUUACUUUGGUGUUCUCUGUUCCAUAAUAGGCAGAUUUUACAACACUAAAAAUCUCCUUAGCUGCUGGUAUAAAGCUAAAUACACUUCACCUUGGAAACCUCCUCCUUCCACUGCCUCCAAUUUCUGGCUCAAAGUUACUCACACUGCUCACAGGAUUAGGGAGAAAAUCUCCUUCUCUGUGUCUAAUUCCUGUGAAUUAUCUUUUUUGUGGGAUCCAUGGAUUAAUGGAAAAGUUUUCACUGAGACUUGUAGUUUGGAUUUUUAUGAUAUGCAAGUUAGUGAUUUCAUUUGUAAUGGUAUCUGGCAGCUUCCUGAUUAUAUUCCUUCACCUGUUGCUGAUUCCAUUUUGGCGGUGAAUUUUUCUGAAUAUAACGAGGUUCUCUGGAAUGGCUCCCAUAAAUGGGUUUUUAGAAACUUUAUUGAGCAUUAUUACUCUAUUAUUUCUAAGGUUGAUUGGCACACCUCUAUUUGGCAUAAACAUAAUGUGCUUAAGUUUGCUAGUUUUACCAGGAUGGCUGUGAUUGGGAAGCUGAAAACUGCUGAUAACUUAAAUUUAAGAGGUAUUCAGACCUGGGAAGAUGCUUUUUGGGAUCUUGGUCAUUUUGUCUUGGACCAAUCCAGUAAUUUUUGGUGGAAAUACAUCAUAUUAUUUCUCGGGUAUACUAUAAUGACAGCAUAUGGCAUUGUGGGGGAAGCAGUACAAGCAGACGAUGAUGAGCAAGGCAAGUCCUCCCGAGCCAAGGAUGGCCCGUGCGGCAACCAGGCUCGAUCUUUUUCUGGUUCUUAUAUGCAGGCUGGAGGUGCUGGAGGGGUUCUGCUUCCUCUGGCUCUGGUCUCCGACGCAGGCUGUGGCGAGGGCCUUCUUGUAUUGGUGGAGGCCGGAAUUGACGAGAGAACAACACCGAAGAAAAUGCAAAGAGUUUGUGUUCAGAGAGACUUGAACGAGAUGCGAGGAUUUGGAUUGCUGCUAUCCGAUCAGAUAUUGGAAGUCAUCAGGCCAGAGAAAGCAAAGAAAUUCACACACUAUAUCAGAUUUCCUUCCGUCGACGACUUCCUCCAGUUGUGCCAGAUUUCCGAACCAUGUCACUGGAAUUUCGUCGGACUCUACCCGAUCGCAAACUCCUCCCAAUCGUCGAAGUCUUGUUAUCGUCAUAUUCUAUCCGCACUGGUACCUUCCGCCCAAAGUUGGACUUCCGCCCGUCGUAAGCUUAUGCCAGUCUCCAGACUUUUGCGGACUUCCCCCAAUCAGUUUGGGACACUUUAG